AUGGCUGAAUCUUCGAUACAGUUCCACGUGGCAGAUUACGUCAUGUUUUCAGCACUAAUAGUGGCAUCCAUGGGGAUCGGAAUUUACCAUGCAAUCGCCGGAUCCAAGCAGAAGACUACAUCCGAAUAUUUGCUUGCCAACAGGAAAAUGUCUGUACUUCCGGUCUCUUUAUCGUACGUUGUUACGUUUAUGUCCUCCAUAUUUAUGUUGGGAUUUCCCGCAGAAAUGUACUUGUACGGAUGCAGUUACAUAUUCAACUUUGUCUCUGUCAUCCUCUCCAGUUUGAUGAUCGUCACCAUUUUGGUUCCGCUAUAUCACCCUCUCAAACUGACCAGCUUGUACGAGUACUUAGAGAUGCGAUAUAAAUCUGUGGUAGUGAGGAAAAUGGGUGCCGUGUGUGGGAUGCUGUCAAACAUUAUGUACAUGGCUGUUGUCCUGUAUGGCCCAGCCGUUGCCAUGAAAACGGAAAUAGAUAAUUGUAAAACUUACUGUAACUAA